AUGACUUAUGACCUAUGUUCCCCAACGAUGGUUCGACUGAACUAUGUGGAAAUCAAGUCAAUGAAGACAGCAAUCAUAUUUCUUGUUCUAGUAGCCUCUGUUGUUGGAUCUGAGGGAAGACGGUCCAAAGCCUACAUCAGCAGAGGAAAACGGCAAAAUGCGUUCAAUACAAAUUUAAGUAGCGGCCAGCAGCAGCUGCAAUAUGCCUCCUCGCCCCACCUUGCUUCGUUUGUACCUGGAUAUUAUCAAGGGACUGGCAAAACAAAUCCUGAUGCAAGCCCAGAACUGGCUCGCGAACGGAGCAGAAAUGUCCAAGGAUCGCGAGGGGACGUUAAAAAUCCAGCCUCGAUGGUCUUUAAUGAUAAUGGGAGUGGAGCACGACGGCCUCAGAACAAUGUGAAUGCCAUUUCGGGAUCACCUCUGAAGAAUGAAAAAAGUGGUUUUCAAAACCGCAUCGUAGAAGAACCCAAAAAUGUCAAAAGAAUUCCUAAAAUGGCGCGAAAAGGCGCGCGGAAAAACAUGUUACCAGUGACUAGACGAACAACUGCGCCCGUGAGACUAAAUUCGCCAAUGGCUGCUGCCGCUGCAGCGGAUGUACAGGGUGCUGUGGUGGAGAAAGGAAUUGAAGUCAUGGGGCAAAUGGUCGACAAACAACUGCAGAUCAUUGACGAGGCACAAGAAAAGGCGGAAAAUUUCCUGAAAAAAGAGAUAAAGCUGGAUAUUGUUCCAGACAAGGGCUGGCAGUCAGAAGACAUGUUUGUUCCUCCUGGUUAUCACCUGGAUUCAAAAAUAACCGAUGACGCGGGCUCUCCAAAAGAAGCUGAGCAGGCAGCUUUCACUUACCCAGCAGGCUUAGGGAACGUGAUGAUGAACGGAUGCUAUGGGACUGGGUACAAGGAAGGCGAUCCUUGUUACGUUGCUAAAUGGACUCUUGACGCUUGUUUGAACAUGAUUGAUGGCGCGGCAUUCAUGGGUGUGGGUUUUGAUGGGCGUGGUGAGUACAGUCCUGAAUCAAGAAAAAUGAGCAUCGUGCAAAGAAGCUGCGCUGGAAAAGCAACGUACGAUGAUUAUGAUGUCCCGGAUACAAUGAAUGUACAUGGUAUUUAUGACACUAAAGCCACCAUGCUGACGUUUGAGAGUCGCUCUGAGUUCCAGUCCCACUUGCAAGAGGAGGCCGGGGUAUCAGGCUCAUUCUUCGGCUUCUACGCAGGCGUGAAGGCCGCCUGGGGCGAAUCGUCGUCAGGUUCAAGUCAACAAUACAUGGCUCAGUUAAGCGUCGAUAUAAACAGAUAUGAAGUCUUUUUGGACGAAGUCAAACCUCAAGACUUAAGUUUAUCAUUUCUGAGGGAAUACAUGGGUCUACCUUCAUCUUACUUCGCCGCUGGAGCACCACUUAAAUACCAGGAGUUUAUUCAGCGGUGGGGCACGCAUUAUAUCAAGUCGUCCAAGUUUGGCGGUCAACUUCAAAUUCGAAAGUUCAUGGACGCAACUGAUGUCUCCAACAAGAAAGAAUUUGCCGUAGAAAUGGAGAUGGAGUACAAAACAUUAUUUUCAAGUGCGGGAGCCAAGUCAAGCACCUCAGGCGGAGAAUAUGCGAGGAAUCAGUCCAAAACCACUUCAACAACCAUUAUAGCUCUGGGUGGAAGCCAUGAAAUAGCUUCCAUCCUGUCCGACGCGUACUCACCCACAUUUAAAAGUGAAUUCAAAGACUGGCUUGUUUCUAUUCCCAAGUAUCCCAAGCCGUUUCUCUUCCAGGUCAGUCCCAUUACAAACCUGGUAAAUUUCCGAAUGCGGGAUUUGUUUCCCGACGAAAAAGUCGAUUGGGGCUGUGAGGGACACGCAGCAAGCUUGAAAACUGAGAAGAACGCGAACGGGGAUACCGUCACCUUCUUCGAAAGUGUUGGACCAAAUGGAACUAUGGUGAAACACUACUGCAUGUUCCAGAGUCGAAAGGGAUUAGAGGAGGCCAUCAAGAGAAGAAGGAUCAGUUUGAAGAGAGCUAUCGAGGUUUAUAUGGAAGAGGGCCCAACAUCCAUUUCAGAUUUUAACCUCCCAGCGUGCUCGUCCCCUCCAGCUGAAGCCCCGGCUCAAGCAGACCUACAGAAAAGGACGACUACAAAAUUUGCACCAGCAUGGCAGAAAAUAACAAGCGGUCAGAAAGAGGUUCGAGUCAUCUUUGAUAUGAAAAGAGACCUGGCCGGUAUAGAGGACUACACUAUUCCCCGAAACAUGAGCCGCCUUGUGAAGUACACCAACGGAAAAUGGCUGAUAGGGGAAGAAGACGGUUCGUUCCACUUGUACAAUGCCUUCAACAACGGAGGCACCGGUGAUGCUAGGAAACGCAAGAUGUCCAUUUUUGGUCUGGUUCUAUCGUACAACGAGAAAUCUGGAGGAUUAGAAAUGUUACCCGCCGAUUUCGAAGCUUCCAAACAGUUCUUUCCCAAUCUCCACGAAUUUCUUGCCGGACGUACUCUGGCCAGGGUUGCCAUAGAAACCAAGUCUGUUACCAAAGUGGCAAGUAAACGAGAAGCUGCGGCAAGUGCCCCUUGCAAUGUCAAAUGGUCAAACGCACUUCGUUUCGAUCCGACGGAUUCUAACGGAAAAUGCCUUCAUUUCACAGCCGCUAGCGAGGGAAAGAUUUUCGUGGUAUUCUCGACUUUACCUAAGGAUAAAUCGUCAUGGUAUUACACUGAGAUAACUCCUGAUAGAGUGGCCAUUUAUAAGGGUAACCAAGUGAAAACAUCAACCACCAACAAGAACGCGCGGGGUCUGGGUGACCCAAGCCUGCUGCAGUCUUACUUUGUCUGUGUCACCGAGUCUGAAUCAACCACUCUCAUGGAAUAUGGAAAAACACUGGGAACUACAGAGAGUGGUGAUAUUUACUUAAACAUGCUAGACAUCACUGAUCGCUUGAACGUGCGAUUCUACGCGUUCGGGAACGGAGAUAAGGACCUCGAUGUGAUAGACGCCCACAUCGUGCCACGUGACUUAACCGAGGCUGAGUGUAAAGGGGAUACAUAUAUGGAUCUGGAAUCGAGGCUGUGCACACAAAACUGCCACGAGGACUGCGAUCCACUUUAUGGAUGCAACACGAAAUCAUCUGGGAACCCACUGCCCACAGAAUGUAACGUGUGCCGAAUUGCCGAGGACCUGGCCACGGGAAAAUGUCUGCCAGACUGUAAAGAACCCAACUACUUAUCGCCCAAUAAGAUUUGCAUUGACAAGAGUGGCACUUUUGACCUGGAGCUAGGGACACACGUUCUUUCUGAAAGGCUUUCAGUGCGCCAGAUCCCCCAUCUACCAUCCCUAACCAUGUGCACGUGGCUUCGCUUCUUGGAUUUUAAAACUGAUUGGGCUUGGAGAAUGAUGGACUACGAAGUGAGAGGGACACGUUCGCAGAGUCUUCAGCUGCUUUGGGUGAAGGGUGGUGAAAAUCGACUGGAACUACUUAUUGUCCAAGGAUAUUGGACUGGAGAGAGUUGGGCUUCACUCGACAGGAUUUCCACAGACCUUUUUGAUGACAGGAAAUGGCACCAUCUGUGCAUCACAUUUUCAGGAGAGAGUGGAGUCGUUACGCAAUAUGUUGAUGGCGUCAGAAAGAAAUCGGAGACCGGUGUCGCGCACGCAUUGGAUGGCGGAGGGACCCUGAGUAUCGGUGAAACAUACGCUGCACAGACGUAUCAGAUCACUGGCUUCAAUCUUUGGGAUAAAAUUCUUCCUGAAGUGGAAAUAAAGGAUUUAGCAACUUCCUGUCUGAAGGGAAUUGGGAAUGUCAAGCAUUGGCUGGAAUUUUCUGACAAGGCAAAAGCCAUCAGUGCUUUAAAAGUAAAUGCUCCCUCGGUGUGUCUCCCCCCGGCACGACAGGGUGCUGAAGAAGAGACACCAGAGUCCAGUAAAUAAAGUGGAUGAUCUGUACCUGCUGAUGACGAAUUGAGGUCAAUGUAACGAAUGCUAAGCUGUGAAACGUCGAAAAUAAAAGAGUCGGACUGUUUAGUGUUCAGUUCAAUCUUUGACUCCAUCAUUUCACUCACUGUUGUACCA